UAUAUGAUCGUUCAUUUAUAUCCUUUAGGUUUUCAAUAAAUGAGAUAUAUUAUCUAAAAUUCCAGGUUUAGUGUGGAAAUCUAUAUUCAACGUCCACAUCCGUGUCUGUUGUGAUAUUUACUCGCUGUGUGAUGUCACGAUAUGUCACACUUUGACCACAUAUAUGUUUAGGAUCCGGAAAAGUACAUUAACGAUAUAAAUUAUUUUCCUAUAACACCUUGUUUUUUAACGUGGUGAUAGUCUAUGCUUAAAGGCAUCUCCAACAAGUACAGUACACAACAGUUUACUUAUAUAAAUCUGCCUCGGUGAAAAUAGGAAUCCCUUAGCUUGGAGUGGCUACUGAAAAUAAACUCUGAAUUGCUUAUUCAUGAGAUAUUACGAUGAUAAUAUCAAACAUCACAUCGGCGAUAUUUAUCUUCUACGACACAAUGUACUAGGAGAUUAAAUGAGGCCAUGCCAAAACAGUUCUUACUGUCCAGAACGUGAGGUCAUUGCCAGGUUAGUAACAUUGGAAUGUUUACCUGUGUCGCUGAUGUAUGUACAGGUGUACCGUCUCACUCCGGAGAAGGAAUUUACUUACUGGUUAUAUAUCAUGUUCGGGUUAUACAUGUACUAGAUAGCCUAAUACGGGAUCAUUUUAUACUACGUUAAGUAGAACUGUUGUUUUGUUAGUUCCUGUGUCGAAAAUCAGAGCUUGUUAUGCGCACGCACGAUUUAAAUCAAUACUGAAUGCUUGAAUCACGUCACGUUCUCUAAACAGUGUCUUCUAUUUUAUUGGUUCAAUUAAAACCGGUUCAUCUCAAAAAACAAUAAUCCCGGAAGUAUUGUACGUCAUUUUGAGGUUGAAGAAGUGAUCUUGAUGACGGCGGAAAUAUAACAAAAUUUGGGACAGCUCGCAGUCAACAGUUGAUAGGAUAAGAAAGGAUACCCGGUGUGGAUACAGAGGCAAGACAAUUAAAACGCUGGAUAUCGCAUAGAUGACAAGGAAAGAUAGCGCAAGAAUGAGCGGUGGUCACUAUGGGCCGAUUGGUCGCUACCUUCUUUGUGCCACCAUAUUCAUCUGUCUGGCGAUUGCUGGGGUCGGUGUAGGACUGGGGCUUUAUAUACAUAAUGUUUCCGAUACAUUGUCCUCUGACUGUCCGGAAUCAACAACUCCAACAGUUCCACAGCCUUCACCAACGCCAACGUCAGCAAAUAUAUUUGUGUCGCCAUCAGAAGAGGGAUUUUACCGAUAUGGAGCUGUGGCGUCUGAUGCUGGUAUAUGUUCCACAGUUGGCACAGACAUAAUGGCCCGGCAGGGUGGUUCCGCUGUAGAUGGGACAAUUGCCGCACUUCUGUGUCAGUGUGUACAGAAUAUGCACAGUUGUGGUAUAGGUGGAGGCUUCUUCAUGACCAUAUAUAACAGAGAAAACAAUACAGCCCAUACAAUAAUCGCCCGGGAGAUGGCGCCUAGAGCGGCUAGUGAGGACAUGUAUGUCGGAAACCACUCAUCCGUGGAAGGCGGUAUGGCUGUCGGGAUACCCGGCGAAAUCAAGGGACUAUAUACUGCGUGGAAGCUUGGCGGUAAACUACCAUGGAAAACGUUAUUUCAGCCGACUAUACGUUUGCUAAGAGACGGGAUGCCUGUAAACAGAGCUCUUGCUGCCUCCAUCCAAUCCAGUGCCCGGUUUUACGCAAGACAUGACAAUCUUAGGAGGUUGGUUACCGACCCAAACACCGGGUUAUUCUAUAAAGAAGGGGAAACAAUUAAGUGGCCUAAACUUGCGGCAACAUUUACUAUAAUAGCCAACGAAGGGCCAGACGCUUUCUAUAACGGCAGUCUGAGUCGGAACAUCGUACAGGAUAUAAAGGACGCAGGAGGAAUAAUAACCGAACAGGACCUACUCGACUACACAGCACUGGUCAAAGAUCCACUUGUGAUCCGCCUUAAUGACAAUUCGUCCGUUUUUUCUCCACCGCCACCCUCCAGUGGGGCUGUGUACGAAAUGAUCCUGAAUGUCAUUGACGAAUUCGGGAUGAACAACAACAGCCUAUCUACUCCACAAAAGGAGGUACUCGCCUGGCAUAGGAUCGUAGAAGCAUUCAAGUUUGCAUACGCCAAAAGGUCAAGCUUGGGCGACGGAGACGGUGAAGAUGACAUCUUCCGGGCGAGCCUUACUGAGCUGGUGAACAACAUGACGUCAAAGAGCUUCGCGGCAUACGUACGAUCUCAGAUCGACGACGAUCGAACUCACGACACUAUGUACUAUGGCCCUACCUUUUAUGACGUCACAAAGACUAGCACUGCCCAUCUAUCAGUACUGGCCCCCAACGGGGACGCGGUGUCUGUUACGAGUACCAUUAACCUACAUUUUGGCUCUAAAGUUGUUGGGACAAGGACCGGAAUUAUUUUCAAUAACGAAAUGGAUGACUUUUCUACUCCGAACACGACAAACUCUUUUGGCGUUCCUGCUUCAGCAGCCAACUUCAUCAAGCCGUUAAAACGUCCUCUGUCCUCAAUGUGUCCCAGCAUCAUCACAGAUAGUAAUGGCAUUGUCCGGCUGGUUGUUGGUGCGUCCGGAGGAACUAAGAUUACUACGUCCACGGCGAUGGUAACGAUCGAAACCCUAAUGUUCGGUAUGAGUGUCAAGCAGGCCAUCGACCAUCGUCGGAUCCAUCACCAACUGCUACCUAAGGAAAUAACGGUCGAAAAUGGUUUCCCCGAGGAAAUACUGGCCGGACUUCGCAGUAAGGGACACAACAUUACAGUCACCAAUAGUGCUGGAUCAGUGGUACAGGGAAUUCUUCAGCGUGAGGAAGGCGAUAUUACAGCUAACUGUGACUUUAGAAAGGGUGGACAUCCGGACGGCUACUAACAUUAUCCUUGUUACACCCUUCCGUCAUCUCACAUCUAUGUAUUUUAUGUGUGUGAAAUCCAAAUGUUUACGUAUUGUACAUUUAUCAAGUCUGUAGCAGAUGAUCGGUACACUGUGAUAAACGAUGUUAAAGUGGAGAGUAUAUAUUCAUUUUACGGGUUGGAAUUUUCAUGUAUAGUCCAGGAUGUCCCGUUUUUGUUUCGCCUGCGAAAAGUAGGCGACAUAUAGGUAUCGGCGGCGUCGGUGUCGGCGGCAGCGUCGUCCACACAACAGUUUCCGUGGGCUAACUCAAGUUCCCUUGGGCAGAUCAAACAUAAACUUCAUGCAGAUCCUCCUUACCACAAGUGCAUGCUUGCGUUUGCUUUUCAGGUCCUAAGGUCAAAGGUCUAGGUCACUGUCACAAGUUUCCGUGCGAUAAGUCAAGUUCCUUGGGUCAAUCAAAAUCAAACUUCAUGCAGUUUUUCCUUACCACAAAUGUGUGCAGGAGGUGGUUUUACUGGUCCAAAUGUCAAAGCGUAUCUGUUUCCAUACAAUCCCUGCAGGUAGAUAUUCAACCGUAAAUUGUUCACGUUGGCGAAAUUGAUGCUGAAACAUGUUAAUCCCAUAACUGAUAUACCACGUGAAACACUUCGUAUAAAUGUGUUAUUGUUUUCGUUCAUACGCAGUGAUUUAUAACCACUUUUAAAUCCUCUUAUUGGUCGUCUCUGAUCUGCAGCAAUUAUGAUUGGCUUACUUCUGGCCUUUGAUAAGGGACUACUUUUAAUUUACCAUCGCGUUUCUUCUUUUUUUUUUUUUUUUUUCGUCCCUCAAUUAAAACCGUUAGCAUGGCCACCGGACUAAUAAAAUCUAUUACCUGUAAUUGAUCGAGAUCGGGUUAUCUCAGUCGAGGGCUAAGAUUUUGUAACAUAAUCCCAACCGAGGCGUUAGCCGAGGUUGGGAUGUUACAGAAUCUUAGCCCGAGACUUAUUUCUGACAAGGCAAACUUAUUUUGAAUUCAGUCUACAGCAGAAGUGGUGAUGUUCGACUUGAUCUAUUACUAAAUUGGUUCGUUUCUCUAACGUGAAUUGCAUACUGCAAAAAGACUAUU